GUUUCGUCAAUACACGAUGAGCCAUUGACCUUACGAUCAAGCAAAAGGCUUUAUAAUACAAUGGUCCGACGUACAAAAGGCUGAUAACGGUCAGCUCACUGCAACACGGACAUUAUAACGCCUUGAUUGGCUGUAACGUACUUUUUUAUUAGCGAUGAGUAGACCUAGCUUUCGUAUUGAGUCGCGUAGGAGUUAUACAGCGCUAGCAUCCAACCAGGGACACUGCCACAAAUCGUUUGAGGGUCCAUGAUCUGACCAUAGACGUAAUAGAAAAAGCAAUAACGCCUUGGCUAUAUAACGUCCUUUUUAUUAGCGAUCAGAGUCGUGUGAGGGAGUUACAGCACUAGCAUCCAAAAAAUCACAUUUCGUUUGAGAGUCUCGUCUGACGGCCGACGGUUGUAUACGGUACAGCUUCUACUCUGGUAUACGUUGGAACCGUACCGCAAUGCUCACGAAUCAUUCAGCCGGUAAAUGACCAUUUGAUCUGAUCUACUGCUGAAUGUCGAUGUCGUCAUAAGCACAAAAGCUACAACAAUGGCUAAGCCGGGUGCCAGAAUCAUCCUUGCCGCUCGGUUCACCUUCUUCUGCAUGGAGAUUGGUCUUGCCAAGUCAUUCGGCGUGCUCGUCCCCGAAUUGGAAGAACAGCUGCAGACUUCGAACGCCAUCAUCGGUCUCAUCACAUCACUCUCCUUGGCAACGAUGUACCUAGGAUCCCCGAUCGCGAAGAUACUCAUACACCAACUUCCUCGUCCUCGUAUGCUAACAACUCUGUCCGGACUGGCGGGAGGAUGUGCUCUGAUUGCAACAGCAUUCACCCGAAAUCUUGUUUUCCUGGGACUUCUCUUCAUGUUCGUAGGAUUAUGUUGCUCGGUGGUAAAUCUUCAAGCACUUGUGCUCCUACACGACUACUACCAGGAAGAAUUCCCUUUUGCGAGCUGCAUCUCCGUUCUUGGUAUUCCUUUUGGUGCCGUUGUCUUGCCCCCGAUCACAGAGAAGCUCUUAGAGCAAUAUGGAUUGAGCGGCACGCUGAUGGUAGUGGGGGCGCUGGUUCUGAACAUGAUUCCGAUUGGGCUGGUGCUAAAAGUUCCAAGAACCCGUCCAGGUGGUAAGAGUCCGGAGGAAAAGAGAGAGCUUGAUCCAUUCAUGCUAGUGAAAGCGUGUGAAACUCAAGAAUAUGUUCAAAUACCAUCCGCCAAAGAUAUGACGAGUGAUGCAUGUCCAGAUGAUGAAGAUACUCAAGGAGAUGGGCAUUCGACGAUGGUCAAUGGGCGGAGGCUAACAGGAGAAAAUGAGUCUAUGAUCCAGCGUGACGGACCUGUGUUGUCUUCAGAGGCGAAUACUGCACCCAUUUGUGAUACAGAGAUUGCACGAUGUCCGCAGUCUGCAGAAGACACUUCACUUUACACGGGUAGAACAGAUAAAGCACGGCAGCUUUCGCACAAUUCCAAAAGCUCUAGCGAGGACAUUCGUAUGGUUGAAGGGUCGAUUAUAUCAUCUUGCCUUUCCAUUUUCCAUUUCGAUGUCUUGAUUAAGGAGCCGCUAUUUUCGAUCCUCCUUAUUCCAAGUACUCUCUUGUCCUUCUUGGUGACAGGUGGAUGGGUUCUUUUCGUCGUUCUCUACGCGGUCGAGCACGGAAUCGACAUCGCCCGCGGAACCUAUCUCACAACAUCCGGAGCCGUUGGCGGCAUUGUUUCGUCCAUCCUUAUGUCCAUUGGUCUUCGCUAUCGCCCGGAAUGGAGUCCGCUGUACUUGCUGUGGAACCAGGCGUUGCAGACUGUCGUGUUCUUCCUCCAGAUACUCUACUCAUCGUACAGUUACCUGAUGGUAAUGUCCUUCCUUAUCGGCUUCGGAUUAUUCGGCCAUAACGUGACCAUUGAAGCCGUGUUGUCUGAGGUUGUACAGAGCAAGAACUUCCCUGAUGCGUGCAGUGUCUUCUACCUGAUCGUCGGCAUUGGAUACAUCGGGUCGGGUUACAUUGCAGGUUUCGUCCGAGAUCAAACCGGUAACAUCGAGCUCCUAUUCGUGUUUCUUGGGGCGACUUCAAUGGCAUCAUGCGGUCUCAUCUUGUUGAUCGUAAUACUCAUGCGAAGAAAACCAAACCUGCGAAGCCUUGAUUCAGUACAAAAGGAAGAUCAGAAGUCAGACGAAGCAAGACGUGUCUAAUCAACACAGUGGAGGAAAACGGCUUUCAUCUCAUGUUUUGGUCAUACUUUAACAUUAUCAAAAAAACUUUAAAAAAAAACAACAUGAGGCAAUUUCAAUAUCCGUGUUCAUCACUCAUUAAACGUUACGUAAUCCGAGUAAGGUUUCAAUAGUGGGGGCUGUUAGGGCUAAAUAGGGGUUGUUUGGUGCAGAUUCUUCUAAAAGCACCAAAUUUGGCCCAGAGGUAGAUUAUACCCAUAGAGAUAUAUAUACUUAAGUGUUAGUAGUAUAUAUCUCUAUGAUUAUACCGUACUUUUAAGAUUUCUGCCGGACGCCAAGAAGGGCGCCCUCUGGGUAUGCCAUAUUGGGCAAAUCCAAAAUGGCCGCCAUCUGAG